CUCACUUGAGUUUUGGUCAUACUGCGUCUCGUCCGGCAAAAUAAGUUUUAAGCAAGUUUAAAAUUAGCCUUUAAAAUGGAGGAGCUGUGCAACAAUUCCGGACAUUCCGCUACGUCUAGUAGUGGAAGUAAUUCGUCAAUAUCAGCUAAAACCGCACUAAGUGAAUGCUCUGCUGCAUGGAUAAAUUACUUAAGCGCAUUGAAUAAUUUAUGCACUGCCGGUUCAAAGUUGGCUCAUUCUAUAGCCGUUUUGGAACAGUGGUCUCUGAGCGAAAAACCCUUGUUCAAUAAUUAUACAACAUCUUAUUUAACCAAUUCAUGGAACGAUUUGGCAAGAGCAACAACAGUGGCCACAGGAACAGUCAAGACCCACAUGUUGGCUCUACUGCAGGAUUUCGUCACAAUAUCGUCCAUGGAUCAGUCAUCCAGUGCAGAAAUGGAUCAAAAAAGGUUCCGAGAACACAACGAACUAAUUGUAUUGGAGAACGCACAGGCUGUAAUUAAUAUUCAGCACCAAUUCUGUGCAGCCAGCUACGAUGCAUUUUCAUCUUUAACUUGUUGCUUUGUUUGCCAAUCCCCAGUGGGAUUUCCACAUGAACAAGACUGCAGUGUCAUAAAACAACGCAAUCAAUACGACCAACGAUCUCAAACGCCAUCGCCCAAUUUAUGUGGGCCAAGUACAAAAAUGGACUCAUCUAGAGGAAACUCACUAACCGACCAACGCCCGAUUGCCACUGGAAUUGCCGAAUCAACCGAUCAGCCACGAGGUCCCUCGCCUCAAUUGAAUUUUUGCGAUGCCAAUCCAAUGCAGGCUAUUUUCGAGCACACGCGCGGUCCCUUGCCAAACCCCGGACAAUUGCUGUCCAUGAAGAUUCCAUUUCACCGCAACGUUAAAUCUUCCCUAAGUUUCCCAUUAUUUCCGCUGAACGGUCAGCGUCGUUGGUCAGAAGCUGCUGCAGGGGAGGUGAUAGAUGGAAUCUCUACGGAUCCCGAGAGUCAGAUGCGAAGGUGGUCAAUGCCCUGGGAAGCAUCGAAGACCGACAGGAACACUGUGACUUGGAACCAAACCAGGAUAAUGCCAAUGAAUACAUUAAAGGCCUCUUCCUACAAAAUGUCCAGUUCAGAACGAUAUACUUCGCAUAAUUCAGAUGGAAACUGGCCUUUGGCUUCAACCAGUCAAGAUGGGCUGUUAGAAGCCAUUCAAUUGCUCUCUAUUAGACCGACUACAGUAGCCCAAAUAAGCCCUCAACCCUCGAUUCUAUCAACUUCUCCGGAUGGAGCACCACUUGACUAAAUAUUAAAUAAUUUAAAACUAAAAUUAUUCAUAUAAAUAAUCUCAGCUAGACAAAAAUAAAUGCAUAUUUGAUAAUUUCAUUAGUUGAA